AUGGAGGCUAGCAAACAACAACUGGUUCUGGCCACAAAGUUUGAUGAGGCACCAUCUCUUCCUGCCCUUCCAAAAGCAGGCUGGCUUCUUACAGUUUACUGCAGGGAUGUGCUGUCAUGGCUUGAGGAAGUGAAGGCUUAUAUCACGUCAACAUUUGGCAGGGUAAUGUAGUACUGAAGACUGAUUCCACAAAGGUAAAAUAUUAUAAACAGGUAAAUUUUAUAUUGAUAGUAAUCUUUUGUUUGUAAAGGAAACACCAAAAUAUCAGAAAUAAGACAAAUCAAGUACCCCAGAUAGUACACCCCCCCCUCCCCCAACUGCCCAGCUCAAAAAUAUUUCUCUUGCUGCUCAAGCAAUAAUUGUUAUAAUUACUGUAUCUGUUAUUUUUUUCAACUUUGUAGUAGGUUACUAAAAAGCUUGCUGGUGCUGCUGCUGGAGCAGCUGCUUGGGUCACCAACAUUGGAAAUGAAUUUGGCCAAGUUCUUAACAGCAUCUUAACAGCAAGUGAGGGAAGUGGGCUUCGCCCAAUGGCAACUGGGAUCAUCCGUCGCUAUGAGGUGGCUGGCGUUCCCCCGUCAGUACUUCUAUAUACAGAUCGUGACUGCUGUGGUGAGAAAAAGGUCAGCUCUCUCUUCACAACCUGGCAGGAACUCAAUGUGCACCUUGAUGCAUGGUACUUCAUGCACCAUUUUGAAGCAGGGUGCACUACAGAUUCACAUCCACUCUAUGGUACCUUUAUGGCUGGACUGUCACAGUGCAUUUUUGAGUGGAGUGGUGAGGAUCUCAACCUUCUGAAAAGAGCAAAGGCUGCCCAACUUGUCAAGUCCAGUGUCCAAAACCCAUUGGAUGAGGACAUCAUGAAACAUAUCACAAAAAAGGAGCUGUCCCUCCACGUCAGGCGUAAAACACGCAGAAUACAAGUGACCACCAUCCUCAUUUCCAACUUGCUUGAGGCAUUCCCUGGGUCACAGGAGAAUGACACCUUAGGUGUGCCACUGCUUGACUGUGACCACAUAUGGACCAUAUGGGAGUUGCGGCAGAAGAACAUUGCAUGCAUUCAAGAUCCAGAGGGUGUUCAGCUGUACACUAAAACUGGCACCAUAGUGAAGGGUGGUAGAGAUCUUCCGGUCUAUCGCUGCUCCAGAGGCUCAACAUCACUGGAGUCCUUUCACAACCAUCUUGACUUCUUUAUUCCUGGUUUGUUAUUUGUUUAUUUUUUCUAUGACAUUAGAGAUAAUUACUUUUAAACAUGCGUUUAAUACUAAUAAUAAAAAAUAUACCUAAAAUAUAAUAAUCAGUAUAUUAAUAAAUCAGUCACAAUAAAAAGUUGACAGAAAAACAAUUAUAUGCACAAAAUAUUUCCCCUUAAUUAUUUUUUGUUUUUAUCAUUAAUAUUAAAAUUUGUUAAUGUCAUCAUUACUAUCUAUAUCAUUCUUCUAUUUUCUUCAAUUAAGGUACUAGUGCAAAUGAUCUGCACUUUCAUGCCUUCUUGCUGGAAGGUUUGGCAAGAUGGAACCGAGACAGAGAAGUGGCAGCAGUUACGCAAGCUAAUUCAGCCCUCACAUAA